AUGGACUUGCCUUCCUAAUUUAAUCUUGAACUUCAACCAGUCAGCAAUCAACAAUUACCGCUUUUAUAAAAUUCUGAAGAAGAAAACCAUGGGGAAAAGAGGUCCCUAUUAACCUUGCUGUUCUUCUUGGAUGUUUAUCCAAUGAUGAAAGUAUUGACAAACUUGAUAAUCUAGCAAUCUCAACAAGUCUCCCUUGAAAGCGAUUGCAUCAAAGAGCUAAGAUUUGCGAAACGAUCUCUUAAAAUGCAUGAGUAGUUUUCUUCCUAUCUAUAAAAGGAUGGGAAGCUUAUUAAAUAGCUUUUAUUAUUCUUUAUGUCUCCGCUUCUAAAGGUUAUCCUAAUUCUGUUAAUAUUAACAUUGGGAUAGCUUUGCAUGCCUUUAUUAAUAAAAACUGUUAUUGACUUUAUUAAGAGUGAAAAUAGAGAUGAAAAUGAUGCAAUCUAUUUGAUUUUGGCCAUUUUAUUUCUCAGAAUAUUGAACAUAUUUUCCCAAGCUCAUUCUAGAAGGAUGAUACUUUGUGUAGGUUAUGACGCCAUGUCGGUAGUUAGUGUGGAAAUAAUGAGAAAGUGUUUGCGAGUUUCAUUGUUAAGUACUACUGAAUGGUCAAGCGGAGAAAUAACAAAUUUAAUAUAAGUAGAUGCUCAGAAACUAAUCCUAAUUACAAGUUACAUUUCUAGUGUAUUAAUGAUACCUAUACAAUUAGGAAUCAGUUUAUAUUUAAUGUAUAGUAUGAUAGGUCUGUCAUUUUUGAUUGGAUGUACAAUCAUAUUGAUAAUGAUACUAUUUAAUAUCUUUACAGGGAAGUAGAUCGUGAAAUCACAACGCAAAUUAUUGAAGGAUAAAGAUGAAAGAACAAAAAUAGCCAAUGAGAUAUUCUCAUAAAUUAAAUUUAUCAAAAUUAAUGCAUUAGAAGAACACUUUUUGGUCAAAAUAAAUCAAGCAAGGGAGAAGGAGAUAAGCAGCAUCAAAAAUAGACUCUAUUACUCUGCAAUUAAUAUAUUUUCUGUAUGGUUGACACCUUAGUUAAUUUUGAGUAUGACCUUUGGUUUAUAUGUGUAUUUGGGGCAUUAAUUGAAUCCCAGCACUACUUUUGCUAUCAUAAGCUUAUUUUAGAUUCUGCAACAACCUUUGCUUCAAUUACCUAUAGCUAUUAAUUCAUUGAUAGAAGCCAAUCUUUCAUUAAAAAGAAUAUCUAAAUUUCUGGCUACAAAUGAUCUGAUGACUAAUUGCAUACACACAUCAGAGUUCAGAGAUCCAACAGCAGCAGUUGACUUUUAGAAUGGAAUAUUCUAUUGGAACAAAUUAAUUAAUAAUUCAGUUGAAUUAAAUGGAAAUUAGGAGGAUCAGAAUGAAGGAGCAGAUAAUGUGAAGGAAAGAUUCUAAGCACAAUAAAUAGAGUAGCCAAUAUUGAAAAAUAUCAAUUUGAGAAUAGAACCUGGAAAGUUUGUUUCGAUAAUUGGAGAUGUAGGCUCUGGCAAGACUUCUUUCUUAUAGGCACUUUUAGGAGAGAUGAUAUACAUUGAAGGGUAUGGAUAGCCGAAAAUAAGAUUAAAUGGGAAAAUAGCAUAUGUUAGUUAGAAACCUUGGAUACAAAAUGCAUCUGUUAAGGAUAAUAUAAUCUUUGGUAAAUAAUUUAAUUAACAAUAAUAUGACAAUGCCAUCUAUUAUUCUUGUUUAACUUAAGAUUUGUAGAUUUUAAUUAAUGGAGAUUAAACUAUGAUAGGAGAAAAGGGAAUCAAUUUAUCAGGAGGACAAAAAGCAAGAAUCAGUUUGGCCAGGGCUAUUUAUAGUGAUUCUGAUAUCAUUCUUUUGGAUGAUCCAUUAAGUGCUGUUGAUGCUCAUGUUGGGAAUUUCAUCAUGAAAGAAUGUUUAUUAAGCAAAUUAAAAUCAACUACUAGAAUUCUGAUCACUCAUGCUUUAAAUUAUUGUAAAUAUACAGAUUAUAUUUACCUAUUUGAAAAGGGAGAAGUGAUUGAGCAAGGUGCUUAUAGAAGUAUGCUCAAAAGUUAAAAGUUUUAGGAAAUUAAAACAAAGUUUAACAAUAAUUAUAAUGAAGAUUUAGAAGAUUCCCUAUUGAUUUCCAAUCCAUUAGAAAGUCUAGUGAAGCAUACUAAAUCUGAAAAUAAUAACAAUAUUAGUACCAUUAGUACUAUCACUCAAUUGAAUUAAUCUUAGUAAGAUGAAGUGGAUGAUCUUAUGAUAUUAGAAGAGAGAUAGAAAGGUAACAUUAAUUAUGAAGUCUUCUUGUAAUAUUUUGCUCAUAAUGGAGGUUGUCUAAGUUUCUCCUUAGUGAUGAUGAUUAUGGUUGUCUGGGUAUUUUGUUACUUAGGUUCUAGCAUAUGGAUUUCAAAGUGGGCUGCUUUGUCAUCUACUGAUGAAGAAUUUUCAAGAAACACAUUGUACUUUUCAAUCUAUUUCACUUUUGGCUUUAUGCAGGCUUUCUUUGCCUUUCUUAGAGCCGUUACAAUUAUUCAUUAAUCAAUUAAAUCAGCUUAAAUAGUCCACACCAAAAUGAUGAACACAUUGAUUUAUGCUCCUCAAUGUUCAUUUUUCGAAAGGGUACCUUAAGGUAGGAUUAUGAAUAGACUCACUAAGGAUAUUAAUUCAUUGGAUACUGAAAUCUAUUGGAAUAUCAGUUGGCUCUAUACUAAAGUCAGUCAAUUGAUUAGUAAUACUUUUCUAAAUGUAUAUGCAAGUACCUACCUUAUAAUACUUCCUAUUUUGGGAUUCUUCCUCAUAUGUUUCAAAAUGAACAGACUCUAUAUGAAAGCCUCCAGAGAACUUCAAAGACUAGAAUUAAUCAGUAAAAGCCCAAUUCUAAGUUAUUUCACUGAAACCUUAUCAGGAUUAUCUACAAUCAGGGCUUAUUAACAAACUAAUGAAUUUCUCUACAAUUUUUCAAGAAAAAUAGACACCAAUAAAAAAAUAUAUUACAAAUAGGUUGAAUCAAAUGCAUGGUUUUUAUAAAUCUUAGGAUUGUCUAGUCUGAUUGUAAACAUCUCAGCUAUUGUUUAUUGCAUCUAUUACACUCAAAACCCAGCAUUUGCAGGACUUCUAAUGACAUAUGCCUCCAAUAUAGACAUAAACAUUCUUCAAACAGUUGAAUCUUUAAGCCUAUUAGAAAAUGGCAUUAUUUCCUUUGAACGAUGUUUAGCAUACACAAAUGUAAAAUCAGAGAAAAGAAAUGAAAAUAAUGUCAGAGUGUAAAAUUGGCCAAGACUUGGUGAAAUCCAAUUUGCUAACUUCUCUGUCUAAUAUCGUUCGAACCUCCCUCCUGCAUUAACCAAUUUAAAUUUCAAAAUUGAUACCAAGGAAAAAAUUGGAGUUGUUGGUAGAACUGGAGCUGGCAAAUCAUCCAUCACCUUGAGUCUUUUAAGGAUCUUAGAAUCCUUAGAAGGACAAAUACUAAUUGAUGGUGUUGAUAUUUCAACUUUAUCCCUUAAGCAAUUAAGGGAAUCAAUCACAAUCAUCUUACAAGAUGCUGUAAUAUUCAAUGCUACCAUAAAAGAAAAUCUAGAUCCUUUAAGUCAAAGAUCAAAUGAAGAAAUUUUAACCGCCAUUAAUUAAUGUUGUUUGAAUAGGUUAAUCAGUAAUAGGGAUGGGCUAAUGACUAAAAUUUCAGAAGGUGGAGACAAUCUAAGUGCUGGUGAAAAAUAAUUAAUUUGUAUCGCUAGAGCUAUAUUAAAAAAAACAAAAAUUGUGAUUAUCGAUGAAGCCACUGCAAACAUUGAUGUAGACACAGAACAUAAGAUUUAAUAAGUUAUUUAAUCCGCAUUUCAAAAUUGCACUGUACUAACUAUUGCUCAUCGUAUAAAUACAAUAUUACAUUGUGAUAAAAUUAUAGUUAUUGAUAAAGGGUAGUUGAAAGAAUAUGGAUUCACCCAAGAAUUAUUAAACGAUAAGAAUUCUACAUUCUAUUCGAUAUAUUAAGAAGCACUAUAAAAUGAAGCUCACUGA